GUUUCUCUCUUUUUGUAAAGAAGAAGACAAACAAAGAGAGAAACGAGAUAGUAUAGUCAAACACUCGAAAUACAAAUACAGACGAACAGAAUUGUGUAACAAAUUCUUUUCUUUCUAUUUUAUUUUAUUUUCUAGAAAAGAAAGGUUAGAUAGUAAAAAGAAAAAUACUAUAAGAGAGAAAAUCGUACAGUAUAUAGAUAUAAAUUACAUCAGUCAGUUUAAAUGAAAAUCUUUUUUUGCUUUGGUUCUGCUCCUCUAAUAGAAGAUCGCUCUUCAGUUCAUGGUUUGACAAACGAACUAGAGAAUCAGCGGUCCUUUAUUCUGGGAAGAGGUUUAAAUAAAAAAUUAAAAAAAUUAAAAAUACGCCGAAUUUGAUAUCCAGAGUUAGAAAAGCAUGUGCCUGAGUCAGCGUUGAAUUCUGUACAAGUUGACUCACUUUGUUUUUCGAAUUGUCGAUUUUCAUUUUUCUCGAAAAUUUUUUCCACUUUAAAAGUCGAAAAAUGUUUCACCGCAGAUUUCUGUGAAAGAUACACUACUCGAUGCAGAAUUUUACGCUGAUUUCAAAUAUCAAGUUGGUUUGACUAAUUCUUAUUGAAAAAAAUCGAACUUUUACGAAAUAAAUCAUCUGCAGUCGAAAAACCGAAAAAGGGCGGAAUUCCGUAACGACGUGUAUUUUUCGCUUUUUAUUCGAUUGAAUGAUCAAUUUCAAAAACCAAUUAGAUAGCCUGAAAGCUAGUGGAAAACUCAAGGGGGAAAAAGCGGAUCCCGGAUACAAGCGGAUAGAAAAGGUGUCUAGAAUGAAAGAACGUGUGAUUUUAUGCUGUUUCAGACCUCUGGUUUCCCUUCGGACUUGAUCUAUGUAAGAAAAUCGGUUAGCUUUCCCUAAUAGCUUCGCGAACACAUUGCGAUGCGUUUUUAGUACUUUUCUCAGAAUGAAACAAGUUUGAAGGAAAAUUUUAUAUGCCAUUCGAUGAGCUUUAAACGGCGAAAAAAACUAUAUAUUGCUCAAUUGUUAUGUACACUGCGAACACCCACGUUUUUGAAAUACUACUGUUAAAACAUGAUCGUUUCAGCAUAGUCCGUGAUAGUAUUUCUAUUUUUUCACCACGAGAGAAUCGAUUGCGGUCUACAAAAAUGCAAGUGUCUAGCCUUGUUAGAAAAAAAGUUAUAGCCAUUUCACCCUCGUAGCGGAAAAAUGCAUUUUCGUCAUUUUCCGGCAGAUUUGGCCUAACUUGUAGAACGUCUGCUGGCCACAUAUCUUAACGUAGAACCUUGAAGCUGGUAUCUUCAUCUUGAAGCAGGUCUUCUAGAAAACCUAGUAAUCUUAAAAUUUCUUUUAGAAUUUUUUCAACCAUAUCAUUAGAUAGCCCUUGCAAUUCUACAUAACAUCAGAUGCUCGCCAAGUUUCUACGAUCUUGCACGACCGAGUUACAGGCUUUUUAACAUUACAAAUAUAAAGUCAUUCGCUUUAAUGCCCAUUUUCGGUCUGCAUCCUAUUUUGUAUGGCACUAUUUGGCAGAACAUCGUAGGAAGGUUGGCCAGCAUCUGAUGUUAUGUAGAAUUGCAAGGGCGAUCCAAUGAUACGAUUGAAAAAAUUCUGAAAGAAAUUGUAAGAUUACUAGGUUUUCUAGAAGACCGAUUUUUCAAAAACUCUAUCUUAAAAUGACGAAAAUGCAUUUUUCCGCUGCGAGGGUGAAAUGGCUAUAACUUUUUUCUAACAAGGCUAGAGACUUGCGGUUUUCACCAUUCGGCUCAGCUUGUUGAGCUUUGUAAUAUGAGAUAGGUGUCGUCACUGACGUCAAAGGCCGAUGUAAAGAGUGGUAGGUAGAAAUGCGCGGUUCUUGUUAAUAACUGGAACCGCGGUUCUCUUGUUUUCGGUUCUUCAUAGAGAACGAGAAUCGCGGUUUUGUAGACGGUUCCUUUUUUUAAAAACCGAGACUUUUUUAACCAUAAAUACUACAGUUUGUUUUGGAGAAAGCUAUAUUUAGCGUUCAUAAGGUAUACUUGUCCGCAACUUCUUUUACAUGAGAUCUGUUAAACCUGACGAGCGAAUAGAAAUACUAUCGCGGACUAUGCUGAAAAGAUCAUUUUUAACAGUAAUAUUUCAAAAACGUGGGUGUUCGCAGUGUACAUAACAAUUGAGCAAUACAUAGUUUUUUUCGUCGUUUAAAGCUCAUCGAAUGGUAUAUAAAACUUUCCUUCAAACUUGUUUCAUUCUGAGAAAAGUGCAAAAAACACAUCGCAAUGGGUUCGCGGAGGAAAAUAUCCGUUUGGCAGGACUUAUCUGUUUAAAGUGUAUACAAAGUUUAUAGAAGGUUUUUGUUUGCUUAGGACAAGCUUCGGACACUUAGGGAUCCAUGAGAAUCUUCGCGGAUCCAUGUGAAAACCCGGAUCCGCGGAUCCAGUUUUUCCCCCUUCAGAAAACUGCACAACUUUCAUCUGAAACAUUUCUUUCCAUGUCGCAUCGAUUCGUAGAAAUAAUCGAACUUAUACACACUAGUAAAAGACAAUUCUAUUUUUUUUCCCUUCCGAAACGGCAUCUAUUUUGCCUAUAACUUCGGUUCGGUACAUCCAAAUCGAUUGAAAUUUGUUUUGGUACUAAAACGCACGACUCAUUAUUAGUGGUAAAAGUUUCAAGGCUUUGGCUUUGACCGCUUUAAAGUUAUGGCGCUUAUAACGCAGAAAAACGGAAUUUCGUAACGCUUGGCCGUGCUGUCCUUUGCCACAAGGUCAAACCUACAAAAAUGUUUUUGAGUUUUAUAUAUAUCCUCAAUUAAAUGAUGGAGAAUACACAGUUGAAAUCUCUGUAGAUUAUCUUAAUAAUGUCUUUACUGUUUAUUCGACUUCUAAAACUGUCACAGCAAAAUUAAAUGUUGAAAGAACAAUAGCGAAAUGGUAUUUAACAAAUAUGAAUGUGUCCACUACAAAUUACAAUGAUAAAGAAACAAUUAAUAGUUUGAUAAUAGAAUACACACUAUCAAUUGAUUAUCCUUUGAAAAUAGAACAAGAAUUAACUUGGUUAGACCUGUAUUAUCUAAGUGAUCGUAGCAAAUUUGAUGAAAAUUUCUCUAUAAAAAUUGGCGAAAUAAAUCAUAAAAUUCUAGUGAAUCAAAAAAAUAUUUACAAACUGAAUGUAAAACAAAAAUUUGAUUUAGAUAAUUCUAUUAAUGGAAAAAAUUAUAUUUACAUUUUUAUUGAUGCAAAAAAUUUAAAUGAAAAAAUCAUUGAAUAUCAACUGCCAGUUGUAAAAUCAAUUCAAUUAGAUGAAAUACCAUCAAUUUUGAACAUAAUAGAAAUGAAAAUGAGCAAUAUAAUCGAAAUGAAUGCCAAUGGAUAUACUGUAUUAUUAACUUGGAAAAUAAAGAAUGUCGGUAAAAAAGAGGUUCAAAAUCCACGAUUUGAUUUUUAUGCUCAACCAUUGUCUGGCUCUACGUUUUAUCUAAAUACUUUUAAAUCCGAAAAGAAUAUUAGAGUAAAUGAAGAAAUUACUGAGAAUAUCAAACUUUUAUUUGGCUUUCUAUCUAUUGGAAAAUUCAAAAUUAUAAUAAAACCAAUUAAUACAAUUGCAAACAAAUUUUCAUUAAGUUCAAAUAGCAUAAAUACAACAGAAAUACAGAUACAGCAGCCAAAAUCAGUUGAUUUAAUGGUCAAAAGUAUAAUAUAUUCGGAUAAAUUACAAGCAGAUAAAUCAGAUAAAUGCGACAAUAACUUUUAUUUUUUAAAUAUUUCCUAUACAGUUGAAAAUAUUGCCUAUUCCAUGGAAAAGGUUACAGAAUGGCAAGAUACAAUAAAUAUAAUUUGUAAACAAUAUGGUGUAGUUUUAAACAAUAAAAUAAUCGUAGUAAAAACUUUACGUGCUUUCGACUCUUAUUCGAAUUGGUGGCAAUUUUCUCUAAGCCUCAUUACUGACUAUUUAUCGGAUUGUAAAAUACAAAUAUUUGUAAAUUCGGAUAAUGCUGCUAUUGAACUAUUUAAUCGUGAUAACAAUAUCAAGGAACAUUGUUGUUUUUUCAUUCCUAGUAAACCGGAUGCGUCUUUCAUUUUGACAUCUUUAAAUUAUUCAAAUACUGAAUGGAUGGCUGGAGAAGCUUAUAAAAUAAGUUAUUUAAUCAAAAAUGAAGGAAAUAGUUCCACAUAUUCAAGAAACUCUUGGAAAGAUGGUGUGUGUUUGCACAAAAAUCCAACUUUGAGGACGUACAUACAUAUAGUGACCAGUGACUGUGACGGACAUACAUACAUAUGGCCAUCUGACAGUGUGACGGACGUACAUACAUAUAGCGACCAGUGAGUGUGAGCGACGAAUAUACAUAUAGUGACCAGUCAGUGUGACAGACG